AUGGCCGCUUACUCAGAGGUUUUUCAUAAACAGUGCUAUAAACCAUAAAACAAAGCUUGAUGUUGUUAUAAUGGAUUUUCUACAAGCUGAAAUUGAGAGAAAAGCAAAGCAGUUGAAACAGAAUGAAGUUACUACUGAGAAAAAAUAUUUCCGUCGAGGGGAUUUGGAAAAGCAGAAAGCAGAUGAGUACAAGAGAAAGCAAGAGGCGAAAGUUUCUGCCAAGCUAGGAAAACAUGGACUUGAUGCAGAGGAAGAGAAAUCUUCAGAUAUUUUUGCGAAGAAAAGGAAAAACAGCGAAGACGAGGCCGCUGCAUUGAAUCUGCUUCCAAAAGAUGAGGUUGUUCAUCGCCUUAGGGAAAGGGGUGAGCCCAUCCGACUGUUUGGUGAGUCGGAUCAAGAGGCAGCAAAGAGAUUGAAAUUGCUAGAGAUGUUGGCGCCUGACAUCAAUAAAGGUUUAAGAAAUGAUUUCCGUGAAGCCAUGGAGCAAGUCGAUCAAGACUAUCUGGAUGAUAUGUUGAAGCAACAGCAGAAUACGAGCACUUCAGACGCUGAUCAGGAGAACAUCAUCAAAGUAAAAAAUGACGGAACAACAUUUGAAAAUAUUCAGGAAAUGGCAGUGAAGUUUGGCAAGGGAGACAAGAGUUUCGAUCAAGAAGUUAUUUAUAAAUUCCUUAAAUUUCUCAUGGAUCUUUGGGCGACAGACUUGAACGACCGACCUCUGGAAGUUAAGAGAGGAAUAGAGGGUAAAAUGGCAAUGGCAACACAUCGACAGACAGAACGCUACUUAAAACCUUUACUACGUAAACUCAAAGCGAAGGCAACACCAUCAGAUAUUUUAGACUUCUUGAUUGAAAUCAUUGGCGCUUUACUAGAACGGGAAUAUGUCAAGGCGAAUGACUCGUAUCUUCAGAUGGCAAUAGGUAAUGCACCUUGGCCUAUUGGCGUUACAAUGGUGGGUAUUCAUGCUCGAACUGGAAGAGAGAAGAUUUUUGCCCAACACGUCGCACAUGUUCUUAACGAUGAAACGCAACGGAAAUAUAUUCAAGCUUUGAAAAGACUGAUGACAUUCUGUCAAAAGAAAUUUGAAGCUGAUCCGUCGAAAAGCGUGGAGUACCACGCAGUGUAGCAUAUGUUAUUAGGGAUAUUUUGAAACAUUUUCCAAUAAGGGAUAGGUAAAAGUAAAUGCUCAACCUUCAACUGAAUUUUUAAACCCAAUUGUAUGUAUGUCUUCCAUGCACAAUGAUUCCGAGAAAUGGUAGCAUAUAUAUAGAAGUGCUUGAAGUAUCUCGAGGUCAUUAUUCAUAUUCUGUAAGAUACUGUGAGUUAUUGGAGAAAAUUAGAUGAUUUAGAUCUGUGAAGUUUCUGCACACCCCAUUCUGGAAAACCUAAUGAAUAUGUUACUGAUAAUAUAAAAACCACUAAAAGAAUCAGAACAAAGUCAGAACAGCUCCAUU